AUACAUAAAAACCUUACUAUCCCAGCUUCAGAGACACACACAUACAUACAUAUAUAUAAACAUUAAUCUAUGGAUUCAGAUCAGGGGAAGCUGUUCAUCGGUGGGAUUUCAUGGGAAACUUCGGAGGAGAAGCUGAAAGAGUAUUUUGGUAAUUAUGGAGAGAUUCUGCAAACGGUCGUAAUGAGAGACAAGAUCUCCGGCAGGCCACGCGGUUUUGGUUUCGUCGUCUUUUCAGAUCCUUCCGUACUCGACACUGUUCUUCAAGAAAAACACACCAUUGAUGGCCGAACGGUGGAGGCUAAGAGGGCCCUAUCAAGAGAGGAACAGCAGGUGUCAAAAGCUGGAAACCCAAGUGGUGGUAGAAGUUUUGGUGGUGGUGGUGGUGGUGGGGGAGGUACAAGGACAAAGAAAAUAUUUGUGGGGGGUUUGCCACCCACUUUGAGUGAAGAAGGAUUUCGUCAGUAUUUUGAAGCGUAUGGACAGGUAACUGAUGUAGUAGUAAUGUAUGAUCAGCAGACUAACAGGCCUCGUGGAUUUGGAUUUAUUUCAUUCGAUUCUGAAGAUGCUGUUGAUAGAGUUUUGCACAAGACUUUCCAUGAUUUGAAUGGUAAGCAAGUAGAAGUUAAAAGGGCUCUUCCUAAGGAUGCUAACCCUGGUGGUGGUGGUGGUGGGCGGUCUAUGGGUGGUGGUGGUGGUGGUGGAAGUUAUGGUGCAUCUGGUGGACAUACAGGUUCUUAUGAGAGUAGAAUGGAUUCCAACAGGUACAUGCAAUCUCAGAGUGGUGGUGGUGGUGGUGGUGGUGGAGGGUUUCCACCAUAUGGGACACCUGGAUAUGGAUAUGGCCCGAGUAAUGGAAUGGGUUACAAUGGGUAUGGUAGCUAUGGUGGUGGGACCCCAGGGUAUGGUGGUGCACCAUAUGGAAACCCAAAUGUUGCAGGUGCAGGGUAUGGAAGCGCUCCAUCUGGUGCAGCAAGGAGUUCAUGGAAUGCUCAGCCUUCCUCCGGAUAUGGUGGUGCCGGAGCUUACGGGGCUGCCCCAUGGGGUGGUUCUGUUGCUGGAGGUGGUGGUUCGCAGGCGGCACCACCACCUACGGGUCAAUCUCCGAGUGGAGGUGCUGGGUAUGGGAGUCAAGGGUAUGGUUAUGGUGGUGGAUACGGUGGUGGUAACGACGGGUCUUAUGGGAAUCCUGCUGGAUAUGGUGCUGUUGGCGGCCGUAUCGGUGGUGCUCCGGCUGCCAAUUCUGGUGGUGCCGGUGGAGAUAUUCAGUCCUCUGGCGGUGGUGGUGGCUACAUGGGAAGUGGUGGUUAUGGGGAUGCUAAUGGAUAUGGGAAUUCAGGGUGGAGAGGUGAUCCUUCACAAGCUUCCGCCGGGAACUAUGGUGUUCAGGGGAAUGGCGGGCAAGGUGGUGGUGGUGGUGGGUAUGGUGGUUAUGGCGGUGGUCCGGUGAGGCAGGUUGUGAUGUGGCAAUUCCGGAGGCAUUUAGCAGUGAGGAGAGAUGCGUUGCUGACUUGCACUAUUAAGAUGGAGCUUGAAACUACUCUUAUGCUGAAGGUCUGUCUGGUUGCUCAUUCAUUACUCAUUACAUGGAUGCAGUUGUUUUCUUCAUUGGCUUUAUGGACAGAUGGAGGAGCUUGA